AUGAAGGAGAAACGUGUGCAGCUACGUCAAGUGAAGAAGAUGCGUCAUCAGCAUCAUCAGAUACUGACAGAUACUAUGAAAGUGACGAUUCAUACGAGUCUAAUAGCUGCAGUGACAGUGAACUCAAUUUUUUAUGAGGAUGAGGGAUGGCUGCAGAGUGAAUCUGAUGACGAAGAAUACGUAGAAAUUGAUUCCGACUACUGCGAAGCACUGUUGAACCCAGUAAUAGAGAUUGAUGGUCACAGAGAACUCGAACAGUUUCUCGGAAAUCUGCCGCUGAAUGCUCGUACCCUACUCAAGACUCCAAGAUCAGUUUUGUUAGACAACAUUGCAGACGGGAAGUACUGGCAUUUCGGCUUGAAACAAGGAAUCCAUCAGCAACUUGCUAAUCUUCCACACAAUUCUAUUCCCGAAUCCAGCUCUAUAUUGGUGAAUGUUGAUGGGCUACCAUUGACAAAAAGCAGCCGGAGUACCUUCUGGCCAAUUCUUGGAUUAAUAUAUGGAGAAGAAAAACCUUUCCCAAUCGGUGUAUACCAUGGAACCGGAAAGCCCGAUUGUGUGAAUUCUUUCUUGAGCAAAUUUAUUGAUGAAGCUGUUCAAUUAGAAAAGGAUGGAUUGGAUCAUCGAGGAGUGAAUGUUAAAGUACGAUUGUCGGGAUUCAUAUGUGACGCACCAGCUCGGUCUUUUGUUGCCGGCACAUGUGGACAUACAGGGAAAUUCGCUUGUCCCAAAUGCAAAGCUAUUGGAAUCAACUUUGUGAAGCCUGGUAAAAAAAAAGGAAGGAUUGUUUUUUCAGACAUGGAAGCUGCACUUCGCACGCAUCAGACUUUUACCGACAGAGAAACACCAGAGCAUCAUAAAAUGAGAUCAGUUCUAGAAGACCUUCAAAUUGACAUGAUCAAAGACAUUCCUUUGGACUACAUGCAUUUGGUCUGCAUGGGUGUGAUGGGUAAACUUCUCAUUCAUUGGGUGAAUCGUCAAACUACACAGCAUUUAAUCACUCCUGAAAUGCUUGAAGAAAUAUCAGACCGUCUAGAAUUAUUAAGAAAUUGGGUUCCAAGUGAAUUUUCACGACUUCCUCGCUCUCUUUCGGAACUGUGUCGUUGGAAAGCAACUGAAUUAAGACAGUUCCUGUUUACUGGCCCAAUUGUACUAAAGGGAAUUCUUCCUUCCCCGCUUUAUAACCAUUUCCUAUGUUUCCAUGUGGCAAUCAAAUUUCUUUGUUCACAACCUCUCUGUUUUACGCAUAAUCAUUAUUGUAAACGGCUUUUAAACAUUUUGCCAGGGAAUCAGAAAAGCUGUACGGUGGGCAUUUCAUAACAUUUAAUGUACACUGUCUCAUCCACCUACCUGAUGAUGUUAUGCGAUUCGGUCCUUUGGAUAAAUUUAGUAGCUUCCCGUUUGAAAAUUACUUACAGCAAUUGAAAAGACGCAUUAGGCGCAGCAACAACCCACUAGCUCAAUUAGUUAAACGUCUUAGUGAAUCAUCCAAAACUCAGAAAUAUUGCGGAUUGAAAACUACUCCAAAUACAGUGAUUUUAAAACAAGAGCAUAAGAAUGGGCCAACUAUUCCAUUUGAAAACACCAGAGAACAACAAUUCAAAGUAGCACAGUGUGAUCACUGGAGGCUGUCGUGUUUGCCACCCAACAACUGUGUUUACCUAAACAAUGAAACUGUCUUCUUGAUUCACAAUGGUGUGCAACGCGCUGGGUUUGUUUAUUUAAUUGGCCGACAAAUGUCUGUGAUAUCAAGCUUGUACGAGAAUCUUAGAAACGCCGCAAAUAUUUUAAAAAUUGCCGAGGUCCAGUUGUUAGAAAAUGUUCUAUCAGAAGUACGCAUUUCUGAUGUAAAAUGUAAAGUAAUGCCUAUACCAAUUUUAAAUAACGACGGCAAAAUUUCGGACGAUGAUACCACCGUGACAAAUGACGAUACUUUUGCAGUAUUCCCAUUUUU